CCGGGGAAUCCCGCCCGCGAGCUGGCGAGCCGCAAGCGCGGACGCACAGAGCGCGGCGGUCCGGGCGGCGCGGGGACCGAGCGGGGUCCUCGUCCUCCUCCGCGCCUUCGCCCCACGCCAUGCAGCCUCCGCCCGCCCCGAUUGCGUAGCCCGCCGCAGGCCAUGCUGCCCCUGCUCGCCGCGCUCCUGGCCGCCGCCUGCCCGCUGCCCCCGGGCCUGCUCGGGGCGCCCCCCAACGCCUCGGCCGGCGCCACCUCCACGCCCCGCAUGCCGGCCUCGGAGCCGCCCGAGCGCGCGGGGCCCGGGGCCGAGGACGACACGGUGGCGCCCGCCUGCAACAUCAGCGUGCAGCGGCCCAUGCUGAGCUCGCUGCUCGUGCGCUGGGGCCGUCCGCGCGGCUGGCAGUGCGACCUGCUGCUCUUCUCCACCAACGCGCACGGCCGCGCGCUCUUCGCCGCCGCCUUCCACCGCGUGGGGUCGCCGCUGCUCAUCGAGCACCUGGGGCUGGCGGCGGGCGGCGCGCAGCAGGACCUGCGCCUGUGCGUGGGCUGCGGCUGGGUGCGCGGCCGCCGCGCCCGGGCCCCCGCGCCACCCCCUGGGGCGCCCCCCGCGCUGCCCUCCUACCCCGCUGCCGACGCGCCGGCGCCCCUCUGGCUGCAGGGCGAGCCGCGCCACUUCUGCUGCCUGGACUUCAGCCUGGAGGAGCUGCAGGGCGAGCCGGGCUGGCGGCUGAACCGCAAGCCCAUCGAGUCCACGCUGGUGGCCUGCUUCAUGACCCUGGUCAUCGUCGUGUGGAGCGUGGCCGCCCUCAUCUGGCCGGUGCCCAUCAUCGCCGGCUUUCUGCCCAACGGCAUGGAGCAGCGCCGGACCGCCGCGGGCGCGCUCCCCGCCGCCCCCGUGCCCGCGGGGACCACGGCCGCCGCCGCCUCGGGGGCGGCCGCCAAGUGAGCGCCGCGCCCCGGACACUGCUCGCAGGUGUGCUUCGUGCUUGGUCCGUGCGUCCUGUCCCCUGGGGCCCGCCCGCGUGGCCCCGUGUGUGCGCCCACGCAGCCCACGGACUGAAGCGUGGGACCCGUGGCUCGGGUGACGGCAGGAGAUGGGGCCCCUUCCCUCCACCUCCCUCCCCGCCCGCCGCCCUCCCGGAGCCCUCCUGCCCUCGACUCGUGGCAGAAAACGACCAGACCCUGUGUAUUUGUUUUAUAUAUUUAAUAACUGUUUUAAAUGAACGUUUUAGUAAAAAAAAAAAAAAAAAGCAAAAUACAAAAAUAUUGAAUUGCUUUCACUGUAGUUAAUAGAAGCUCUUUGUAUCUGAACAUCGUUGUAUUUGAGGUUCGCUGUUUUUAAAUUUAAGAGGGGAGGCGUGGGAACCAGUGAGCACCAGUAUUUACCGCUGAAAACGAACUUUCUGAGCCUUUUCCCAGGCGAUCUACCCAGUCACGUGACCUGGUGGGCGUUUCUUCUUGUACUUCUGUGGGUUUUUGGCUUUUAAUACAGACAUUUUCCUCCAGA